GCCGACCGAGGGCAUUUUAAAAGGUGUCAUCGUUUUUAUUGGAAAAAGUUGUGGUUGGUGGGUCAAAUCAUACGCGGGGGACACGGCAGAUGUCUUAAGUCAUGUUUUACGAGAAUGACAGGCUGAGGUUUUUUUGGUCUUCCGAUGCAGAACUCCGCAUGGAAGACGCACAAAAUCUGCGGGACUUCAUCUCUCCUUCCUAUGACUCCUAAGAAACCUCAGCAGUGGCUGCAAGUGGUCGGACAUGCAGGGAGCUUUCAUGUUGGGGAUUAUGGUACACUGCUGAAGAGGUUUUGUAAGGGGGAGCAACAAUGCUACCUCAGGCUGAUGGAGGACGCUCUGAGUCCCUUUGUUCCAGCCUACCACGGUGUGGUGCAGCGGGACGAGCAGGAUUACAACAUGAUGGAUAACUUGCUGACCCAUUUCAGCACACCUGCCAUCAUGGACUGCAAGAUGGGCAGUCGCACAUACCUCGAGGAGGAGCUGCUGAUGGCACGAGAACGCCCCCAGCCUCGUAACGACAUGUAUGAGAAGAUGGUGGCUGUGGACCCAGAGGCCCCAACAGUCCAGGAGCGAGCCCAGCAGGCAGUGCUGAAAACCAGGUACAUGCAGUGGAGGGAGACGCUGAGCUCCACAACAACUCUGGGUUUCCGUAUUGAAGGAUUCAGGAAGGCAAAUGAAGAAUGUCACACAAACUUCAAAAGGACCAAAAGCAGAGAUCAAGUGAUGGAAGCACUUAACAACUUUGUUGAGUCCAAUACACACAUUGUGUGGGGCUAUCUGAGACGGUUGAAGCAAUUGCGGCAGGUCUUGGAGACGUCAGAUUUCUUCCGAGCACAUGAGGUUGUGGGCAGUUCUUUACUGUUUGUACACGACUGGACAGGCCAAACAGGAGUCUGGAUGAUUGACUUUGGAAAGACCAUGGCCUUGCCGUCACACCUCACCGUGGACCACCGCACUCCCUGGGUAGAGGGCAAUCGUGAAGAUGGCUAUCUGUGGGGUCUGGACAACCUCAUUGACAUACUGGCCAAUAUGCUGCCACUGACCUGAACGCCACUCAAAAUGUGUGGAAAUGUACUCUCAGUCCUUCCUUCACCACUCAUAAGUGAAUGACUGCAGAUGCACUGGUUUCUGAAAUGGUUAUUGUGGGAAUAAGCUGAAAAUAGGAAGGCGUAAAAAAAAAGAAAAAAUGGAGGAUGUGAUUGAUUAUAAUAAUAACACAUUUUGCAAGAUGUGUUAUCAAGUAAAUACUUUGCAGAACAGAUUUAUUUUCAUUAAAUCAGUCCCUCAAUUUAAUUUAACGCAGAUUCAACCAAUCCCUGUGAGUUCUCAUUGUGAUUUUAUUCUCACUGGAACAAGUUGCCUCUGAUUUUUAAUGAAUUGUAAAAUUUUAAAAAACAAAACAACUAUUGUUCAAUUUACAAUUUUCACUUUCUCCCACAAUUUGAUAGCCAAAAAAUACCAUCACAAGUUUUUUGGAAAAGCUCCCGUGAAAUCAGGCAUUUGAGGCUGCAACAAUCCCCAAAAAGGCCCAAGAAACCCUGGAGGGACUGGUAAAUUAGGCCCACAACACGGCUCAAAAGGGCAUUGGAGAUUUGUGGACUCUCUGAGCAACCUGAGCCUUUUAAAGUUUGACCACUACAUAGACAUACAACACUAAGCUUACCUUGUAAGAGCCAAAGACAGUCUCAGUUUUCAGUCUCAGCAGGUCUGACCCGACCGUCUUGUGAGGACCUGCUCAUUAUUUUAGUAAAAACAUGACACUAGCAAUUAUAAGCCAAAGAUAUGGCUGCCACCUCUGACUCGAGAUGAUCAGUAAUGUCACACUGUGUCAUUAAAUUGGUGCUAAAACUA